UUUCCUUGGAUGGCUCUGUGGCGCCCUCUGGCCUAUGAACAUCAUCGAUCGGUGUCUUCUGAGUCUUCGCGAUUCGAUUCGAUUCGAUUUGAUUCGAUUCUGUAAAGCUUCUGAAUUUGGGAGAAGUUUUUGUUGAGGGAUUUGAUUGAGGACGAAGUAAAGAUUAGGGUUUCGAAUCUUAGUUAGUAGGGCUUUACAUUGGUUUGAUCGGACCUGUAAAUCUAAUCCCAGGAAUUGGAGAACGAAGUGAUUUUGUUGUUGUUGUUGUUGUUCGUGAAUUAUUUUUUUUAUUGGUUCGGUAAAUAUGCGGGAAUCGCACAAAUCGAAAAGGGUCUCUUGGGCUUCAGAUGUUAACCUUUGUCAGGUUAGGCUGUUUCUAUCAGAAGAAUCUCCUUCACAAGUCGGAUUAGAUUCUCAAGAUCAUCUUCAAGCGAAGACAUCAUGGCUAUCACAUUCAACAGGAACAGGCUCUGAUGAUGUUCUGCCUCCUGGAUUCGAAGGAUCUCAUCCUGCAAAUCUGUUACAAACCAAAUUGUCCCAAAUUCCUACCAUCAAAUGGAGAUGUCCUCCAAGGUUCGUGCUCGACUUGACCUGGCAAGUUGUUGCCGGGGAUGAAAGCGAAGAGGCUGGAAUUCAGAAUCAGAGGGAGAUGAGAGUACUUGAAGCAGUUUAUCCACGCCCAUCUGCAAUUCCACCAAAUCCCUCAGGUAUGUUGAAUGUGGAAGAUUCUCGCUAUGAUGAUGGGCAAACUCCAUCGAUACCCAUUACUCCCAUUGAAGACGAAGAUGUAGCAACAGAUACAUCGUCUGAACCUAUGGCGCAAUAUGAUCUUCCCAUAAGCUCACAGUCCCUUCAACAACCCAUUGGAGUUCCAUCUUCAUCGCAACACAGUGCAAUGAACAUGGCAAAUCUUCCUGUCCCUGAGAGGCAGGCGGCUGGAACGGCUCUUAGUGCAGAACCUGGUUUUCUUGCUGCUGCCUUGACCGAACUUGCCAACAAUAAUGAGCGUGGGAACUUGAUUGACCAUGAAUUGCUUAUUAAAAUUCUUAGCAACCCAAAGAUGGUUGAGAAAUUGGUGACCGAUUAUGGAGCCACCACCACUAACAACACACAGAACACAACCACAUCAAGAUCACCAUCUGUGGCCAUUUCAGAGCCACCACCUGCCCAGGUUAUUAGGACACCCUCCAGCAUACCUAUGUCAGCUGCUGUAUCAAAUGGACCUCUCUAUCCCCAGCCAAAUGGGGCUGCAAUGGGACACCUUCCUAAUUCCCGGGUUCCUCCUCCCCCGUCUAUUUCCGUUCCCUGCCCGCCUUCUCAUGUAGCUGCUCCACCAAAAGACAUGAGUUACUACAAGAGCUUGAUUCAGCAACAUGGAGGAGAGAGGCAAGAGGCCCUUUCACAAUAUGGCAACCGCUAUUGCCACCAACCGGUACCAAAUCAGGAACCAGUAAACGGCCACAAGCCGAGAGAGUCGAAGCCUAAGAUAAUGAAACCUUGCAUAUACUUUAAUAGUUCAAGGGGUUGCCGACAUGGAGCCAAUUGUGCAUAUCAGCAUGAUGCAUCAUUCCAGCAGCGGGGGAGUUCCGUGCCUGAGAUGCAGAGUGCAAAGAGACCGAAAUUCGAUAGAGAGAUUAGCAGUUAAAAAAUGUAGUUUUCUCGUUUGUACAUUCUUUUGAGAGGGGUCUCGAUUCAGCUUGGAUUUUAUCUUUCUUGCCAGCCUGUUUUUAAAAGAAAAUCACAAAUUGCUUAAUUUAUUUUAUCUUCCUUGCUUAGAACGUUAAGAUUUUUUUUUUCUUUUUUUCAAGAGUUAUGGUGUCAGAAUGAAUUUGCAGCAGAAUGAAUUUGCAGCAACAGACAACGUGCAGCAACAGACAACGUGCAUUUUCUCAUUUU